UGGGCAGGGAGGUGGGGCUCUGUGCUGCCCUCCUCCUCUGAGCCAUAGAGAGCUGACCUCCCAGCUCCAGGGUUCUGAACCAGGGCCCUCUCGGCUGGGUAGGAGAACAAGAGGCCACAGAGGCCCGACUCACGGUGAAUUCUUGCUGCUCUGCAGGGAUAUGAGGAGCCCGUCGUAGACGCCACCAGUUGCCGUCCGCAGAGACCACCGAGCGAGUGCACAAACAUGAAGUCCAAUCCUGCUAUCCAGGCUGCCAUCGACCUCACAGCGGGGGCUGCAGGGGGGACGGCAUGUGUCCUGACGGGACAGCCGUUUGACACCAUGAAGGUGAAGAUGCAGACGUUCCCCACCCUCUACCGGGGUGUCACCGACUGCUGCCUGAAGACCUACUCCCAAGUGGGCUUCCGGGGCUUCUACAAGGGCACCAGCCCCGCGCUGAUUGCCAACAUCGCCGAGAACUCUGUCCUCUUCAUGUGCUACGGCUUCUGCCAGCAGGUGGUGAGGAAAAUCAUUGGACUGGACAAGCAGGCAAAGCUGAGUGACCUCCAGAAUGCGGCCGCCGGGUCCUUCGCCUCCGCGUUCGCGGCCCUGGUGCUCUGCCCCACGGAGCUGGUGAAGUGCCGGCUGCAGACCAUGCACGAGAUGGAGACGUCUGGGAAGAUCGCGCGGAGCCAGAAUACAGUGUGGUCGGUGGUGAAGAGCAUCCUGCAGAAGGACGGCGCCGUGGGCUUCUACCAAGGACUCUCGAGCACUUUGCUUCGAGAAGUACCCGGCUAUUUCUUUUUCUUCGGUGGCUAUGAACUGAGCCGGUCGUUUUUUGCAUCAGGGAGACCAAAAGAUGAGCUAGGCCCCGUGCCUUUGAUGUUGAGCGGCGGUGUGGGCGGAAUCUGCCUCUGGCUGGCUGUGUACCCCGUGGAUUGCAUCAAGUCCAGAAUCCAGGUUCUCUCCAUGUCUGGAAGACAGACCGGGUUUGUGGGAACCUUCCUUAGUGUGCUGAAGAAUGAAGGUGUGACAGCUUUGUAUUCCGGACUGAAGCCGACUAUGAUUCGUGCCUUCCCUGCCAACGGGGCCCUCUUCCUGGCCUACGAAUACAGCAGGAAGUUGAUGAUGAGCCAGUUUGAAGAAGACUGAAGUGCCUCGCGAGCCUGGGCCCAACCACACACUUCAUCUCAGGGCUGCACAGAGGACAAGACCGAUGUGCAACUAUUUUUACUUUAUGAGAAUUUUAGCUUUUUUUUUCUUCUCCUCUAAACCCUAAAUGUGAUAGAAGGACUUCUCGUUUACAUCCUAUAAAUUCUGCCCAGAACUGUAUCGACGUCGAGAAAUUGCUCUCCUUCCCUGGGUGCAAUACCCAGGGUGAGGCAGUGGCCCUGGGCCCGCUUCCUCCAGAAGGCCGGAUGCAGCCCAGGGCUGGGGACGUGCUGUGAACCACACAAGUUGGUUCCGCGGUCCCUCUCAGCUCGUGCAGCAAAACCCAGAGUUGAGACAUCUGUGAAGAUGGUGACACCUGGAUUGCUGAACCCGUUCACGGUGUAAGGUCGGGUUCCGAGUCUGCAUCGCAGUGUGCACUACAGUAAGCAGCUCAAGGGGUGAAGCCGGGGUGCUGCUUGAAAACCAGCAGUACUUCUAAGAGGACCUUCCUGCAUUCGGGGGUGGCUUCCAUAUUCUUGAGUUUCAGAGUAGACAUCUUGAAUUUUCCCAAGAUGCUCUACUCUGCCCUGACAUAGUGCCAUUGUCUCUAAGUGGGGCCACGCUCUGCACUCUUGACACUACGGUUGGGUGUAACCCAGAGCAUCAGGUCUCUGGGAAGCUACACACCCUCACCUGUACCCACUGCCCUCGGUGGGGCUUCCCACUGAGGAGGGGGCGGGCAGAGGGGACGAGGCUUGGCUGCCCUGCAUAAUCUGGUGGGGAUCCAUGUGGCUGAUAGCAGCUCGUAGUUUCCCAUCUCAGGUUCCUGGCCUGGGUAGGGUUCCAGGGUGUCCUGCUGGCCCAUCUAGGGGCUAUGGAUCCACUUUGGCUACUCACAGUCUUCUGCCUCAACCAGUCAGAAGCCUUUGAGAGAGACAGCAUGCCACAGCCAGGGGAAGAGCCAUCGCUGUUUGGUGACGGUGCUUGUGGGUGAGGCUCCCCCCUUUCUCCAGCAGGACCAGACAGCAUGGCACUGUGAGAAAAGCCAGGGCUAACCCAUCCUGAGGUUUCUACCCUGCCAGUUUGAUCUCCUUGCCAUGUUUCCAAAGUGCUGGCGCCUUCUAAAAUGUAGGACUGGUAGAAUGUUAACAAUGAUUAUCUAUGGGUUGUGACUUUCAUAUAAAACAUUGACACAGAAUUUUAAUAAACUACCCCACAUA